AUGACUGAGGGCACACAAGUUGACUCCAGCCCCCGUACUCCUACACUCCGCCCGUCUGACUUCAAAUUCGGAAAGGAAAUCGGCCAGGGAUCCUUCUCUUCUGUUUACGUGGCUCGCGAGAUCGCCACAAAUGCUGAAUUCGCCAUCAAGGUGGUAGACAAGCAGCAUAUUCUCCGCAACCGAGCCGUUGAGUCAGUGUUGAUGGAGAAAGAGGUACUCACUCGAACGAACCAUGUUUUUAUCAUCCGACUGCAUUGCACUUUCCAAGAUUCCUCCCGCCUUUUUUAUGUUCUCGAAUACGCUCGUCAUGGAGAAUUGCUUACCUACCUGAAUCGUCUUACGUCAUUCGAUGUUCAGUGCUCGCGUUUCUAUGCCGCGGAAAUAUUGGUUGCCUUAAACUACCUCCAUUCCCAUUCUAUCGUACACCGGGAUUUAAAACCGGAGAACGUUCUGCUUUCUGAAUCUAUGCACACUAAGUUGGCUGACUUCGGUUCUGCCAUCAUAUUGAAUGAGCCAAAAAUCAAAGCUCCUAGCUUCACCGGCACACCGGAAUACGUUAGCCCGGAAAUGUUGUCCCCACAUUCUCUGAAUAGCUCCGCGUCAGCUCCUUCCCCGUCACAUACUUUUGAAGAACUGGCCUACUUAAUGGAUUAUUGGGCUCUCGCUUGCAUGAUUUACCAGUUUAUUUCCGGUCGACCUCCUUUUCGUGCAGAACGCGACAGACAUGCAUAUGAAACGUUUGGAAAAAUUUUCAGUUUGUCCUAUAGUUUUAUGGAAAGUUUCGACCCACUUGCCAAAGAUCUUGUUCAACGACUGCUUGUUAUAAACCCGCUCAAUCGCAUCGGUAGUCCCGUGAAUGGAGGUCCGGCUGCCUUAAAAUCACAUCCAUUCUUCGAUGGCAUCGACUGGGAAACUUUGCACAUGCAAACACCGUCCGCACUGGCUCCUAACUUAGAGCCGAUCGCUCCAUCUGAUUGGGAUGCUAACCCCUCUUACAACACCACAACUAACGAGCAAGUGCUUGAUGUUACACCUGAGAAUCUGAUUAUCGGACAGCUUACGGAUGCUGAACACACUCGUUUAUUCACUCUACAGGAGCAACAUAACCCGUACCACCGGUUUUGUCGCAAUCGAUUAAUUCUUAGACAAGGUGUCCUUUUCAAGCGCCGUGGCCUCUUCGCUCGCAAACGAAUGUUCUUGCUAACUGAAGGGCCUCAUCUUUUUUACAUCGAUAAUGACUCCAUGGUUUUGAAGGGUGAGGUUCCUUGGUCUAGUUCCUUGGUGUUGGAACAAAAGAGUGAUAAGUUAUUUUUCAUCCACGUUUCUGGUCGAACAUUUUAUCUAGAGGACCCGACCGGUCAUGCGAGUGCUUGGGUUGCACAUAUCACUGCUGUCCGCAACUUCUACUACACUGAUUCGCCUGACCAUGGACGGUCGUCAGCGCCAUCUGGUGAUUCAGCCUUACCCGAUCUGUGCAGCUGA